AUGGACUGUGAAAACACGGAUUCAUUAGACAUAUUUUUAUAUGUAGACGGAAGAUUGGAAAAAAUGGUAUCAUUUUGUGGAAAUGAACUACCGAAACCAAUAAUGUCAAAUGGACCAAAACUGUCAAUGGUAUUCAGAGGAAUUUACUCCUCAAGGACUAGCAGUGGAUUUAAAAUAUCUUACGCCUUUCUUGAAGAUUAUGCAGUCACCUCAGGAAAACAACUGAAGGAAUUUCCUUGUGCUUUUGUAUACAACAGUAGCGAGAGUGAAAGAGGAGUAGUGAUGUCACCUAACUAUCCUGGUGUUUAUCCACGUGAUACAGAAUGCAAUUACUUUUUCUACGGUAAUCAAGAUGAGAAGGUGCGACUACAUUUCACACAUUUUGAUGUGGAGGGAGUAAUACCGUAA